CAUUCCAACUGAGAUAGAUCAUUGGAGCCUCAGUUCACAAUCUUUCAGAAAGAGAGAGGCAAAGAGAAAAAAGAGAGAGGGUAUUACAUAUAUUCAUCUAAUUAUACAAAUAAAGAUGGCUCUUCACCUUUCCUGGGUUUCCGUUUUCGGCGAUCUCGGCGUCAUUGUUUCAUUUAUGGUCGCCUUUUCUCCCAUGCCAGCAUUUUAUCAAAUCUAUAAGAAGAAAACAUCAGAAGGAUUCCAAUCAUUACCCUAUGUGAUAUCGCUGUUCAGUGCCUUGCUUUGGAUUUACUAUGCACUUCUUAAGAGGAAUGAAAUGCAUCUAAUUAUCAUCAACAUUUUCUGCUGUUUCAUUCAAAGCUUUUACAUUGUCACUUACUUUUACUACGGUCGAAAGAAGGAAAAGGUCGAGGCUGUGAAGCUUAUGCUCCUAUUCAAUGUUUUCGGGUCCGGCCUUAUCUUUUUCUCCACUUACUUCCUUCAUAACCCAAAGACCCGUCUCUGUAUUCUCGGAUACAUUUGCCUGGGGUUCUCUGCGAGUACGUACGCGGCACCACUUGCUAUCGUGAGAAAGGUCAUAAAAACAAAGAGUGUUGAGUUCAUGCCGUUUACUUUAUCAGUGUUCCUUACCAUACAAGCAGUGAUGUGGUUCUUCUAUGGCCUUUUGAAGAAGGAUAUCAACAUUGCGGGACCAAACAUACUAGGGUUUAUCUUUGGGAUCCUUCAAAUGAUACUUUAUGCAAUCUACAAGAACCACCCAAAGAAAAUGGUGGUGGAAGAUCCAAAGCUUCAAUUAUCAGACCAGCUCGAGUCGGUCGUGUCUUCGGACGUAAACACAACGGCUCCUCAAACGAAAGACAAAGCGUACAAUAAUGGAGGGGGAGGAGGAGGAGAUGUUGAAGCUCAAAAUAUAAAGAAAAACACUUUAGAUGCUUCACAGAAAGUUUAAUAAUUGGAUGAAAGGGAAAAAAGAGUUAUACAAAUGGACAAUGAUUGGACGACUUCUCGUUUGUCAAUGUAUGAUUAAAUUACAUAUAGUUUUUGUUUUUAUGGAAAAUGUGGUCAAAAACCAUGCAAAAUAAUGAGUGUGUGGUGUAAUCUUUUUCUCUCUUGACUAUAUCAAUCAAUAAUGUUUUUCUUUUUCUUUUUUUA